AUGUCUUAUGAUUAUCUUGCAGCAAUGCAGACUCUAGAAGCGGCGCGCAUCGCUCCCUUUCACAAUCAAGAAACAGACCCGCAAAGCGCCGUCUUCCGAGUACUUGGCUUUGCUUAUCGCUCUCUGCAGCACUCACAGGCGUAUGCGCUGAUGUACAGCCUACUUCAACUUAGCCACCUAGGACGCCACAGGGAACCUCAUAUCAGUACGUUGGCUUCAUUCAUCACCGGAACCCCACAGUUGCUGCCACCUCGGAGUACCCAGACUAUCGAGGUAAACACGCAAUUCAACGCCCAAGGAGAAGAGGAUCUAUCAAAGUAUACCUCUGCGUUGAAUGAAAAAGGACAAGAAGAUGGGAAGGCACUCAAACGUAUAUAUUCAACACUCAGAAAGGAUCCUCCUCAGUUCAGUGCCGAAAUUCGUUUUGGGGACUUGUAUUCAUUUGGGGUCGGACGAAAUAAGAAGAUUGCUGGCCAUUUGGCUGCAAAGGAUCUCUGCCGUCGAAUAGGAAUUUCAGUUGGAAGGUGA